AUGCCUGUGAGUGCAUUCCUCGUGAGCUUGGCGAUUGAUCUCACAGCAGGAGCUGAACAUGCGCCAACUGACCAUGUAGGUCGAAGCAAUGGUACCUUUUGCUGCCGCAAGGUUUUGAGGCCGGGCUUCGUGCAGGACUUUGCAAAAGAACCCACUGAAGAACUGUGGCCAGCCUCUUGCCACUGGCAGAGGAUUCUGCUAUUCAAGUUCUCUUCUCCUGACAAGUCUGAUGAGACAGACCUGCGGAUGCUGGUGCAGAUUUGUGAGACAUGGAAUCAUCUCAGCCCAGAAGGCGGGAUUCUGACAGCUUCACCCAAGAGCCGUUCGCUGUCACCAUGGUGGCGGUCUAUUUUGGAACCCUUGACGGAAUUGCCGGAGCCAGGUUAUGCGCAAUUCGCAGCUGCAGUGGUGCAGCGUGUGAUUUGUGAUUGGUGGCACGCCCAGGGGCAGAAGGUGGUAGUGGGCUGGAGUCCAAUGUGCGGCUGGAGCGAGUGGGAGGAGGAGGAGUCGUGCGACUGCUCAGCUUUGCACCGCGAGCAUUUGCAACAGCUCCUGGCUGCAGAGGCGGAUGAAGCCAAAGGACCUUUCUUGGAGGGUGGUUUCUAUCGAAACCCUAAUGUCCACAGCGCGCACCUGGCCAAGCUGGCAGAACGCGGCCACGACAUGCCGUGGGCACGCUUCCUGAUUCGCUAUCCGACCAUCCAUCGGCGUGACGCGCAGGUAGCAGCCCAGGUGAAGUUCGGUGAACGCAUGAGGACAGCUGCGAUGAAGCUGGCGAAGUGGAUCAGCGAGCGUGAGGACCUCAACGUGCAGGAUCUCUUGGAUCUCGCUGGGGAAGUGAGGAGCGAUUCCGAGAACCGUGGUGAAGAAGCAAAGAUUGGGGUUCGCCGGCUGAUAGAGGACACUUCAAUUGGCACCUCUGUGUCACCCAUGCGGCGCUAUGGGGUCUUCUGGCACAAGAAGAGUCUGCAAGAGCCAUGGCCCUCCGCGCGGACCAAGAUGUGUGCGGCUACAGUGACAUCAUUGCAGGUGGAGAGUGCGUCAUGCAGGAGCAUCUUGAAGGAGCUGAACAUCAGCAACAGCUCUGACCAGAACAACUCCGUCAAAGAGAGGCAAUCGGGAGUCUACCUUGAAAAGGAUUCCUGCAUGGUCGUGCUGACACGCACCGUGGCGGUUUCAGCUCUCGAUGGCCUCCUCUUGGGCUGGGAUUGCUACACUUGGUAUGGGCAGGAGUCUGCCCCUCACUUUGACAGGAUGUGGGGCGUCAUCUUGCACAGCUCCAUUCUUGCACAACCCCUCUCCAGCCUGUGCUCAUGA